UACCCCUUAGCAAACAAACCCAAGACGACAUAACACAUAAACACAUAUAGCAAGAUGCAAGUAGGAUUCAAGGCCUUAAGCACACACAUGCCAUAUAUAUGAGCUGAAAAUGUAGUAAACAUGGACUGCACUUUAGGAAUUUUUUUUGUAUGGUUCCCCAACCCCAAAAUGGCUAAAACAUUGUAUAUAGCUUCAGUAUUGGGUUUUAUUUUAAAGGAUCAAAUAGGCCUAAAGAAACACACAAAGGCUAAAGAAAAGAAAAGAAAAAAACUCAAAGGCACAAUAGAUCAAACACAUAGUGAGUACUAGGCUCUAGAUAUCAAAUGAAAUGAAUCCAAGUAUUGUGUGAUCUAUUUCCCAAGGAGUAUACCAGUGUUGUGAAAAUCGCGCUCGGGGCGCGGGGCGAUCAAAGCGAGACUGUAAUCGCCCCGAUGCGGCGGGGUCGUGCGAGAUCCGCGGAGCGACGGUGGGGCGCGCCUGGGUCGUCUGGGUCGCCGUGGAGCGAGCCGAUUUAGGUUAAAUAACCACCGACGACAUGGUGUCAAAUAAAUUUCAUGCGGUGCAUAAUUCAUAUAAAUAUGUUUUUCUGUAUGCUUAGAAUAGCCAUGACACAUCAAUAGCAAUUUUAGACAUUGUGAAUUAUGAUUAAUUAUAAAUCAUUGUUUCUUUCUACAGAUCAUUUUUAUACAAAAUGUCUCAAGACCCAGCUAGGAAAUAUGCAAGGGCUGAUCCGGAUACCAGAUAUAAACUUACAUGCAACUUUUGUGACAAAGUGAUUGCAUCGGGAAUUCGAAGGCUCAAAGAACAUUUCGUUGGCGGAUUUAAAAACGUCACGAAAUGUACUAAAUGCCCACCACAUGUGAGAGAGGAGAUGAUCAACUAUAUGAAGAAAAAAGAGGAUGCUAAAAUACUGCAAGUUUUUACAGUGGCAGCAUCACAAAGCAGGCAAGAGUUUGAAGAUUUGGGUUACGGGGAAUACGAAGAAGACAACAUUAUUGGCAGUAGCUCGACCAAACAGAAAAGGCCUCGGGUCAACCCUGAUCGAGCAAAGGCCGUCCAAGCACAGAAGUUGAGCAAGGAAAAGCAACAGACAUUAAAUGAUGCAUACAAAAAAGAUUUGCGUGAAUUGGUUUGCAUCAACUGGGCUAAAUGGUUUUAUGAUGCAGGUAUACCAUUUAAUGCUGCACAGUAUGAUAGUUUCAAGAUUGCGAUCGAAUCUACUGGGCAAUUUGGUCCGGGCAUGAAGCCUCCAAGCUAUCAUGAGUUAAGAGUUCCUUUGCUUAACAAAGAAGUCAAUGCUAUGAAGGAUAUUCUAAAAAACCAUAGAGAAGAGUGGGCGAGAUUCAGUUUCUCAAAGAGACAUUAUCAACUUCUUGGUGAACUCUCCUAAAGGUUCGGUUUUUAUCAAGUCUGCUGAUGUGUUUGAUAUAGUGAAGGACGCAAAUGCAUUGGUGCCAAUGUUUGAGGAGAUUGUUGAUUACAUCGGAGAGCAACAUGUGAUUCAGAUUGUGACAGAUAAUGCCUCAAAUUAUAAGAAAGUUGGGCUGAUGCUGCAAGUUAAGAAGCCCAAUUUGUUUUGGACUCCUUGUGCUGCUCACUGCAUCGAUUUGAUGCUUGAGGAUGUUGGUAAAAUACCAAUGGUCAAGGAAGCUAUCAAAAAAUCAAUAUCUUUGACUGGUUUUAUUUACAGUAAAACCGGUGUGCUGAAUAUGAUGAGAAAGUAUACAAGCCAGAGGGAAUUGCUUAGGCCGGCGACCACUAGAUUUGCCACUUCCUUCAUCACCCUGAGGUCCAUCCAUAACGAACGACAAAACCUCAUAAAGAUGUUUACUAGUGAUGAAUGGAGAAAUAACCAAUGGUAUAAAGAGAUACCCAGCAAAAAUGCAACAGCUACUGUCCUCAAUGACAAUUACUGGAGGCAUGUUGUCUAAGCUCUCAAAUUGAGCGAUCCUCUUAUUAAAGUGUUGAGGAUGGUUGAUGCCGAGCGUAAGCCUGCAAUGGAUUACAUUUACGAGGCUAUGGAUCGGUGCAAAGAAGUCAUAUCCAGUGCAUUCAAUGGAAGAGAAGAGAAGUUCAAGAGAGUAUUUGAGAUCAUUGAUGCUCGAUGGAAUGAUCAAUUGCACAGACCGUUACAUGCUGCGGGUCAUUACUUGAACCCGAAAGUUUUUUAUGCCAAUGUGAAAGGUAUUUAUGAAUGUUCGGAGGUCAUGGAUGGUAUGGUUGCAUGUAUUGAGAAGUUGGUCCCCGACCAAAGCAUUCAAGACAAAAUCAAUAAGGAAGAAAUGCCCAAAUAUAAGAAGGCUAUCUCCUGUUUUUCACAUCCUUUGGCUAUUCGAAACAGAACUCAAAUGGCACCAGAAUGGUGGAAUAGUUUUCGAUAUGACGCACCAAAUUUGCAAAGUUUUGCAAUUAGAGUAUUGAGCUUAACUUAUAGUGCUACCGGCUGUGAAAGAAAUUGGAGUGUUUUUUCACAACGAACGAUUGAACUAGAGGUAGCACAAGCACAAGAGAACAAGCCUCAAGCUCUAUGCAUGCUUGUACUCUUGUGGAUAAUGAAGAUGACAGUGAAGAUAUUAAUUUAAUUGUAUCCGAUGAAGGAGAAAGAGGACUUGCCUCUGAGUGAUGAUGAUAUUAUUUAGUUAAUUAUUUUAU